UUGUGAAUGUUAUGGGAUCAUCAUUAACAAAAAUUUUUAGUGUAUCUAAAAUGGCGAGCUCUCCAGACGUACAACAGUUCAUCAAAACUGCUAUUUCCCAAGAUAAAGUUGUGGUGUUCUCGAAAUCUUAUUGUCCAUAUUGCAAACUGGCUAAGGAUGUUUUCAAUAAAGUGAAGCAGCCUAUCAAGGUCUAUGAACUUGACCACCGUGAUGAUGGUGAUGUCAUUCAGAAUAAUUUGCAACAAAUUACUGGAUUUAGAACAGUACCUCAGGUAUUCAUUAAUGGAAAUUGUGUUGGUGGAGGCUCUGAUGUAGACAAAUUAUACAAUUCCGGUAAAUUACAACCCAUGCUGAUUGGAUAACUUUAAAUUAAUUUACAACACAAUAUUAUAUAAAUAUUUGUUAUGCUUUUAAAAGUAAUGCAUUGUUAUUAAAAAGUCAUAAAAUUUGCGUUAUGGGGUACAAUAAGGUAAAUGCCUUUAAUAUGGUAUAUCUUUAUACACUAAAAUAAACAAUUUCAUUUAUAGUUGCAAAUAAUUAAUAUAAUGAAA